AUGGAGAGUAGAAUUAUUGAAAUAGACCCAAAUUGUGUUAAUGAAUUUGAAAAACUCAAAAAAAAAUAUAAAAUAGAAUCAAUUUUUUUAAAAUUAAAUGAUAAUUUUAAUUUAUUAUAUGUUGAAAAAACUUUAUCUAAAAUAUCUCAAGAUGAUUUUUUAGAAUCAAUACCAGUUGAUCAACCAAGAUUAAUCAUUUAUAAAAAAUACUCAAAUAAUAAAAUAAUAUUCAUUAGAUGGAUUCCCGAAAUUGUUCAAGAUACAAUCGAAUAUUCUUAUAGUAACGCUUCAACAGCAAUACUUGAACUUUUAAUUGGUAUAAAUGAAUAUAUGGAAGUAAAAGAUUUAAUUCAACUUUCAAAUUUAUAA